GCCAGGAGGUGGAGAUCCCAAGGGCCCUGCGCUUCAUCACCCACUUCCCCCUCCCUCUGCCUCUAUAUCACCGGCACCCCCUCCUCCUUCUCUUUUCCCUCCUCCCUGGAGACAGGGGAGGAGAAAAGGGGAGCUCGGGUCGUCAUGACUGAGCUGCCGGCAAAAAAUCCGCGGGCACCCCACGCGUCGACAGCCGCGCCCUCCCCCACCCACGUCGGGUCCCCCUCGCUUGGACACUUGGACCCCUGCAUCUUUCAGAGGAGCCAGCCAUCGGACACAGCGUCUGUGGUCUCGCCUAUACCCAUUUCCCUGGACGAGAGGCUGUUCUUCCCUCGGUCCUGCCAGGGUCCGGAGUUCCCAGGCGGAAAAGCACAGAACGAGCGGUCGCUGUCCGAAGUGAAAGGAGCGUUCUCUGGAGUCGGCGCCUCUUGUGGGGCAGGAGGGAGCAGUCCCAGAGCCCCAGAGAAGGACAGCAGACUCUUAGACAGUGUCUUAGACACACUACUGGCGCCCUCGGGGACUGAGCAGAGCCACACCAGUCCUCCAGUCUGCGAGGACAUCACAUCUUGGUGUCUCUUUGGAUCGGAGCUUCCAGAAGAACCCCGCAGUGUCCCUGCUACCAAGGGGUUGUCCCCGCUCAUGAGCCAGGCAGAGAGCAAAGCUGGCGACAGCUCCGGGACAGGAGCGGGGCAGAAGGUGCUGCCCAAGGGGCUGUCACCACCCCGGCAGCUGCUGCUCCCGACCUCAGGGAGUGCUCAUUGGCCCGGGGCAGGAGUGAAGCCUUCUGCGAAGCCAUCUGCAGUGGAGGAGGAAGAGGAAGAGGAGGACUGUGGUCUAGAGACUGAGGGCUCCGCGGGUCCGCUUCUAAAGAGCAAACCUCAAGUACUGGAAGGCACGAACAGCGGAGGAGGAGUUGUAGCCAGCGCGCCCGCAGCGGCCCCAGGAGGCGUCACCCUGGUUCCCAAGGAAGAUUCCCGAUUUUCUGCUCCCAGGGUCUCCUUGGAGCAAGACGCUCCCCUGCCUCCCGGGCGCUCUCCACUGGCCACCACACUGGUGGAUUUCAUCCACGUGCCCAUUCUGCCUCUGAACCACGCGCUCCUGGCAGCCCGCACCCGGCAGCUGCUGGAGGGGGACAGCAACGACGGCGGGGCCUCAGCCCAGGGCUCCAUUGCCCCUCUUCGAGGCUCGCCCUCCACGCCAUCACCGCCGGUGCCCUGCGGCGACUUCCCAGACUGCACCUUCCCGCAGGACGGCGACCCCAAAGAGGACGCGUUCCCUCUCUAUGGCGAUUUCCAGCCGCCAAGCUUGAAGAUCAAGGAGGAGGAGGAGGGAGCCGAGGCAUCUGCGCGCUCAUCGCGCCCCUACCUGGUGGCUGGAGCCAGCGCUGCCACCUUUCCAGAUUUCCCGCUGGCGCCGGCGCCGCCUCGAGCUCCCUCCUCCAGGCCCGGAGAGGCAACGGUGGCCAGUGGCCCCGGCAGUUCUGCGGUGUCGCCCGCGUCCUCUUCGGGGUCCGCGCUGGAGUGCAUCCUGUACAAAGCUGAGGGCGCGCCGCCCACGCAGGGCUCGUUCCCGCCGCUGCCCUGCAAGCCCCCGACCACCGGCUCUUGCCUGCUCCCGAGGGACAGCUUGCCCGCCACUCCGGCUGCCUCGGCAGCCCCCGCCAUCUACCCGCCGCUAGGUCUCAACGGGCUCCCGCAGCUGGGCUACCAGGCCGCCGUGCUGAAGGACAGCCUGCCCCAGGUCUACACGCCCUAUCUCAACUACUUGAGGCCAGACUCGGACACCACCCAGAAUCCACAGUAUGGCUUUGAUUCCUUACCUCAGAAGAUCUGCUUAAUCUGUGGGGACGAAGCAUCUGGCUGUCACUAUGGCGUGCUCACCUGUGGGAGCUGCAAGGUCUUCUUUAAACGGGCAAUGGAAGGGCAGCAUAACUAUUUGUGUGCUGGAAGAAAUGACUGCAUUGUUGAUAAAAUCCGCAGAAAGAACUGCCCAGCUUGUCGCCUGAGAAAAUGCUGUCAGGCUGGCAUGGUCCUUGGAGGUCGGAAGUUUAAGAAGUUUAAUAAAGUUCGAGUUAUGAGAGCCCUCGAUGGUGUUGCUCUCCCUCAGUCAGUGGGCCUUCCUAGUGAGAGCCAGACCCUAGGCCAAAGAAUCAACUUUUCUCCAAAUCAAGAAAUACAGCUGGUCCCCCCACUGAUCAACCUGCUCAUGAGCAUCGAGCCUGACGUGAUCUACGCCGGACAUGACAACACAAAACCUGACACCUCCAGCUCUUUGCUGACCAGUCUCAAUCAACUAGGCGAGAGGCAACUGCUUUCAGUAGUCAAAUGGUCUAAGUCAUUGCCAGGUUUCCGGAACUUGCAUAUUGAUGACCAGAUAACCCUGAUUCAGUACUCCUGGAUGAGUCUGAUGGUGUUUGGCCUGGGCUGGAGAUCCUACAAGCAUGUCAGUGGGCAGAUGCUAUACUUUGCACCUGAUUUAAUCCUAAAUGAGCAGAGGAUGAAAGAGUCAUCGUUCUACUCGCUGUGCCUUACCAUGUGGCAAAUCCCACAGGAAUUUGUCAAGCUCCAAGUGACCCAUGAGGAGUUUCUCUGCAUGAAAGUCUUGCUCCUUCUUAACACAAUUCCUCUAGAGGGAUUGAGGAGCCAAAGCCAAUUUGAAGAGAUGAGGUCAAGCUAUAUCCGGGAACUGAUCAAGGCGAUAGGCUUACGGCAGAAAGGGGUGGUCCCCAGUUCACAGCGCUUCUAUCAACUUACAAAACUUCUUGACAGCUUGCAUGAUCUCGUGAAGCAGCUCCACCUGUACUGCCUGAAUACAUUUAUCCAGUCUCGGGCACUGGCUGUGGAAUUUCCGGAAAUGAUGUCUGAGGUUAUUGCUGCACAGCUGCCCAAGAUCCUGGCGGGCAUGGUGAAGCCUCUCCUCUUUCAUAAAAAGUGAUGUGUUUGCCUUGUUUGCUUUACAAAAAUUGAAUCUUGUGGUAUGUCUGUUAUGUCUUAGGAUGGUCAUGUCUUGUGUCUUUAUAACGUCCUUCUGAAAGCCGUCCAUGUAUACAUAUAAUCCUGUGUCGAUUUAUGAGAAACCCUGGGAGAUUCUGAUUUUCUUCUGUAAUGCCUAAGUAGAGUUUUGAAAGUGUUUCAUGUACCCCUAUUUUCGUUGAAAGUUUAUUCAGUUAAAAAGGACUAAAAUGUAUUGUGUAUGUAACUAUAUCUCAUCUGUGUUAUUUCAUACUUUUCAGGUGAGAAUUUGUAACUUUUACACCUAACAGUUAACCAGUCUCCCAUAGAGAGGAAAGCACCCCCACCCUUAACAAUAAAUCAUACGUGCCACUACUGGAUAGUUGGUGGUCUCCCAAAACUGAACCUUUAAAAUGGUAGUCGAGGAUGUAACCUUUCUGUGAGAAAAUUCAUAACCUGAAUUUUCUCAAAUUUUCAAAGAAGUUUUAAUGCAGAAAAAGGAAAAAGAAAAAGAAAAAAGAAAAAAUGAAACAGGAAAACAGAAAGGGAGCUGGAGCUGGUUCACGUUUGUGAAACUAGGCAAACUGUGGUUGGAAGCAGACCUAUGACAGAGGUAACGCUUAGCUAGCAGCUGUGCACUGCUGAGGAAGAAGACGCCUUCUAAUAAGGCCCUAUGAAUGUCAGGAAUCAGGAGCUCUCUUCUCUCACGGGAAUCCGCAGUGUUGGCUGACCUUGUAGACUCAAUCGCCCUUGGUAGGUCCGUGUCCUUGCCAACAUGGGGGCGUCUUUCCUCCAAUCCUUCCUUUGCCCAUCUCUUCUUAUUAACAUUUUAUCAAACAGGCCUUGAAGGCAAGAAGAGAAAAUGUGAGGAAGUAGGUCUGAGGGAAGGGGUACACACCUUUAAUUUCUUGGGAAUAACGUUCUUUUUUAGGGAAAUGUAGGAAGUGAAUCUCAGGUGGGAAUGCUUUUAGUGCCUCUCUCUGAAUCUGAAAGAGAUGAUUUAGAAAUAGACCAAUCUCAGGUGGAAAAGUUUUGAGUGCCUAUGCCCCAAUUCCGAGUGAGUUGCUUCAGGAAAUCCUAGAUACUUGCUUGAAAUAAUACAACCAGGUUCAGUGAUGAUAAAACACACAAUUCAUUUUGUCAUUUGUACUUAAAAUUUUCAUUUGAAAGACAGACAAUAGUUCUUUACUGAAAUUAAUUACUGGGCAUCUGCUAGUUUAAAAAAAGCUCACAUGUGUAUACAUGCCAAGUUCACACAAGUGGUAAGUUCAAUAAAAGUCAGUUACUGUUUGCUUUGAUUAAAUCAUUAAUAUCAGUUGAGUCAUAUUAUAUAUAUUUAAUAUAUACAUAUAUGUAUAUAUACAAUAAUUUCUCUAAAUUAACAAUAAAUUCUCUAAAUUAAGAAAAAAUAACUGGCUAUGGUGUAUCCAUAAACAAUAAAUUCCUUAGUACAUUUAGAAGAGAGAUUAAAAUAAAGACCAAUCAGGACUCUUGACUUUGUUAAUUUCAUACAUGAGGAAAUCAUACUGGCUUACCGGCUGCACAGCACAUUGGUCAGAGCAGCCAACCAAAGCUUUACCCAGGUACUGCAGCCAUCAGCUUUAGUAAAGAGACUGCUCUUCCUCACUGGUCUGCAUGGCUUCUUCUGCAAUGUGUCUAAGGUACACUAAUCUUGACUGGUUCUUCAUAACCCCACAUAUGUAUGCACAGUCUCUCUUCACCUUUCAGGCCAAAGGAUCUGAUUCUGCUAUUUCCUCACUGAAACCUGUUCAGGGACUUCCGCUCAGCCAUCGUCUACACAUCAGAAUUUCCAAGUGGACUUUGAAAGCACGCGCACGCGCGCGCGCACACACACACACACACACACACACUUUUAUUUUUUAUUCUUUUUAAUCUUGGUCUACAUUCUUAAAAGUUGCCCUUUAAUUUGUCAACUUACUAUAUGCUGCCAUUAUGUUCCUUUGUCGGCCAGAGUUUCUCCACUCUCAUUCUUGAGCCGGGCGCGUGUCAACCUUCAAGACCUGUAUUGCUUCUGUAGAGUCUUCCUCAGUCGGCCGCACAGUGAUUCAUAUUGAGUGCCCUGUGGUUGUCUGAGUUACAGUAAUACCCAGCUGCACCGCUCAGAUGGUCCAUAGGUCUAUGGGCUGUGAUGAGAAAAGACCGUAUGUUUCUUGGCAGAGAGUGGACUGUGACAUUUGUUCCCUUGCUGUGACUUCCCCAAUCACAUUAAGAAACUUCCCAUGACUUUCUCAAUCACUUUACCUGCAGCUUUGUUUCUCUUUAUUUCUAAUCUGUGUUUUCCCUAUCCUGUGAUAGCUUGCCUUUUCUUAACAACAACAUGGUAACAUAUUUUAUAUGUAUUCAGAACAAUAAUCUGUUUCCUGUUCUAAACUUUACAACAGAAUGAAUGGAAUAAUAUUUCCUUCCCUAUAAAAGAUUCUAAAAUAGUUAUGUACUCUUCCAUUGUUUUAUAUUGCAAAUAUCAAUGUAAAAUUAUCCCCUUAUUUCUGAUUUUAUUGAACAAAUAUUUUUGAGUCCCUACUAUUAGUGUAGGAAAAUAUGUUAACAAGAUUAAAUAGAACCUGGAGCUAGAGGAAAAUUAUGUGUAACUCAAGAAAGGGACAUCCCACGAGUAGUGUAAAUCUAGUGAUGCUAGAUAGAAGGCCAUCAGAUACUUAUGGGAUAUAUGAGUUUCAUUCUUCACAUUUGAUAUGGGCAAGGCAUUAUUUAUGUACAAUUUGAAUGGGAUAAAUUCCAGAAAAGGAUAGUAUUUUUAAUUAAUAAUUAUAUAAUCUAGGCUACUGUCAGCAAUUCAUUUGCUUUAAAUUGGCAUGUGCAUUGCUUUAUUGGAAAAGUCUUCAAUACCAUUUUCCACAAAUAUAAUCACAAUAAAAAUAUUUUUAAGAUCUGCAAUGUAGAAUACUUAGGUAAAAUUUUCUUCUGUGACUGGUGUAUGAACUGUGAGAGAUUGGUGAAUGAAUGUAGCCAAGGCCAAUGUCAUGAGUUCUUUUCCUUAAGUAACGGCCCCCGGAACCCUGGAUGCAGUCCUUAUCAAGUCCUUUUUCCACUGAAUUAAAGCACUGACUGGCUAAUAGUUCCCAUUGUCUACAGCACAGCCUCAAUUCAAGCUAUUGAGAAUUUCAUAAUUUAUUUCAGCUAAGCCCUGUUGUCUUCAGGACUGGGCUUUAUUAUGGCCCUUGUUUUGCAAAUGCCUAAAAAUAUUUGAUAUUCUUGAUCUUGAUCACCAUCAUAGUUUAGAUAUCUAAACACCAGGAUUUACUAUUUAAGGCUAAGCUUAGAAAGAAAAACAUUCCCAGAAGAACAUGACAUGACCAAGUGGAAGUUACCUCAUCGCAGAGUCUUUUCUCUACCAUAUCAGCUAUGACGACUCCAUUCCUAUCUAGUCAUCGUAACCUUUAUCUCCAUCCUGCGGGUCAUGUUCUGUGGGCUGCUCUAGAGGAAAUUACAGCAGAAGAACACAGGCUCUAUAUCAUGAAAUACUUGAAUGAUACUGAAGCCGAUUUUGUACUUAAUGACAGAUUUCCUUUACAAAGGUUAGAAAAACUGUUUGUGUCUCAAAAGAUGAUUGUGGACAGUAUCAAUUAUUUUGUGCAGCUAUUUGUUUCCAGUGUUUAAAAACACGGCACCUUAGUUAGGCCGUACUUUUUCAUUGUGCUUUUUGACACUGAACCUUAACUUUUACUCCUGUACAGGUAUGAAAUAAAAUAUUUUUUACGUAGCCAUGGUG